AUGUGCAAGUCUGCUGCCCCAUCCGGAGAACGCCAAGUGCUUCCCACCAAUGUCAAGCCUGUUCACUACGAUUUGACUAUCAAGCCUGAUCUCAAUACCUUUGUCUUUUAUGGCCAAGUCAAGAUUGAUCUUGAAGUCAAGGAAGAUACCACCAAGAUUGUUUUGAAUACGCACGAGAUCAAGAUCCACUCUGCUACCUUGUCCUCUGCUAGUUUGAAGACUGAGACAAAGCAAAAGGCCAAGGAGAUCGAGUACGAUGAAAAGAAGGAUUUGGCAACAUUGACCUUUGAAGAAGGUGUGCCUGCCAACACCAAGGCUGUAUUGGAUAUUUCGUUUGAGGGUAUCUUGAAUGAUCAAAUGGCCGGCUUUUACCGCUCUUCCUACAAGGAUGCUCAGGGUAACACCCAGUACUUGGCAACCACACAAUUCGAAGCUACGGAUGCUCGUCGUGCAUUCCCUUGCUGGGAUGAGCCUGCUCUUAAGGCCACUUUUGAUGUUACACUUGUUGUCCCAUCUGAAUUGACUGCCUUGUCCAACAUGAAUGUGACCUCGGAGAAACCUUAUUUGGAAUCUGGAAAGUUGUCAGGCAAGACCGAAGGAAAGACCGAAGGCAAGACUGAAGGCAAGACCGAGGGCAAGACCGAAGGUGGAAGUGCUAGCAACCAAAAGCUCAAGGAAGUCAAGUAUGCCACCACGCCUCCUAUGAGUACCUAUCUUCUCGCUUUUGUCGUGGGUCCAUUCGAAUACAUUGAGGCUUACACUUCGGGUGAACACAAUGGUCAUCCCAUCAAGACACGUGUCUAUGCUUUGCCUGGUUCCGUGGAACAAGGUCGCCAUGCUUUGAAUGUCGCCACUGCUGCUUUGGAGUACUUUGCCAAUGUCUUUGGUGAACCUUAUCCCUUGCCAAAGAUUGACAUGGUUGCCAUUCCUGAUUUUGAAGCUGGUGCAAUGGAAAACUGGGGUCUUGUCACUUAUAGAAACGUUGCACUUCUUUUCGAUGAAAAGUCAUCAUCCAUUGUAUUCAAAAAGAGCACCGCCUAUACCGUGUGUCACGAACUUGCCCAUCAAUGGUUCGGCAACUUGGUUACCAUGGAAUGGUGGGAUCAUCUUUGGUUGAAUGAAGGCUUUGCUACUUGGGUUGGUUGGCUUGCUGUCGAUCACAUUUUCCCUGAAUGGAACAUUUGGGUCUCCUUUGUGAAUGAAGAUAUGCCUCGUGCUUUGAGCUUGGAUGCUUUACGUUCGUCUCAUCCCAUUGAAGUGGCCGUCAAUGACCCUGCCGAGAUCCACCAGAUCUUUGAUGCCAUCUCUUAUUACAAGGGCGCAAGCGUUAUCCGCAUGCUUAGCUCGUGGCUCGGUGUUGAUACUUUCCUUGCAGGCGUUCGUCGCUAUCUUCGCAGACACAAACUUGGCAACGCAUCCACUUCGGACUUGUGGAAGGCAUUGAGUGAGGAAGCCGGUCAAGAUGUCUCGCAAUUCAUGCAACUUUGGACUAAGCGUGUUGGCUAUCCUGUGCUCAAGGUUGAGGAGCUCGGCAACAACUCUAUUGAAGUUACACAAUCUCGCUAUCUUUCUACCGGUGAUUUGGAAGCAAAGGAAGACACCACUGUUUGGUGGAAUCCUCUUGGCAUCCUCACUCCUGAAAAGAUUGAAUCCUACACCUUGACCGAAAAGUCCCAAAAGUUCACUGUGCCAGAGAGUGGAUUGUUCAAGUUGAAUGCUGGACAAACAGCCGUCUAUCGUGUCAAUUAUCCUAUCGAAGUUGUCCGCCGAUUGGGUGAAGAGAUUAAGAAGGGAUCCGAUGGUAUGCUCGCCAACGCUGCCGAUCGUGUUGGAUUGCUUGCGGAUUCUGGAAACUUGUGUGUGAGCGGUGAGCAAUCUACAGAUGCCUUUUUGGAGUUGGCCCAAGCAUUCACCAAUGAAAAGGAAUACUUUGUUUGGUCACAAUUGAGCGCUCAUUUGAGUGGCAUUCUUGGUGUAUGGGCCAAGCAACCUGAGGAGGUCGUUAACACGCUCAAGGCAUUGCGUCGCAGCUUAUUUGCUCCCGUGGCUCACCGACUUGGUUGGGAGUUUGCCGAGAAUGAGGAGUACUUGACAACGAUCCUUCGUGUUCUUGCGUUGACAAAUGCUGGUCGAUCCAAUGAUGUUGAAACUGUUACUGAAGCCAAGAAGCGUUUCUGGAAGUUUGUUGAUGGUAGCAAUGACGCAUUGCAUCCAAACAUGCGUGGCCCUGUUUAUGGUAUUGUUUUGUUGACGGCUGAGAAUGAGCAAGAAGAAACCAAGGUGUGGGAGGCCAUUCAAAAGAUUUAUUUGGACGAGAAGCUCCCAACGGAUCAACGCAUGAUUGCACUCAAUGCUCUUGGUGGUGCCAAAUGCCCUGAUCUUAUCAAGCGAUACCUCGAAAUGUCGAUGGAUGAUAAGCAAGUACGUGGCCAAGAUUCCAUCUAUGUCUUCCGAUCGUUGAGUGUCAAUGCAGAUGCUCGUGAUCUUUUCUGGGAAUACUUCAGGGAGAAUUAUGACGCUCUUCAUGCCAAGUUUGCCAAAUCUAUCAGCUUGUUUGGUUCUGCAGUGCGUUCGGUUGUUGGCGGUUUCACUACAUUCGAAAGAUUGGAAGAGAUUGAAGCCUUCUUUGCCAAUAAGGAAACCAAGGAAUAUGAACGACCUCUUCAACAGGCUCUUGAAUCCGCCAGAGUGAACGCCAAAUGGCUUCAACGGGAUGCUGCUGUAGUCGAAGCUUGGGUGCGCAAGAAUAGUGCCAAGUUCCAAUAA